UUAUUUUGAUAAUAAAAUAUUAAAAUUUCAUUAUUAUGUUCAAAUGUUUAAACUUAAUAAUUAACGUUCUGUACUUCUGUAAUAUUUAUAUUUUGAUUUUAGAAUUUAAUAUUUUAAAGAAUUUAAACCUACAGGAGUUAAUUUGCCAUUAACGUACCGUGUAAUAUUUUUCGGAGUGCGGUUGUUAAUGUACCUCCCCGGCAUAGCCCCUGGCAUAAUCGAUUUAUAUAUUAAGAAGAAUUUGAUUGUUUUAAUUUUGUAAUUUAUACGAUAUCAACUUUCUUUUGUAAUGUCUGUUUGAAGUAAAUCCCACGUUUAUACUACGUUGAUACUUUGUUGCGUGAACACUAGCCAUGGCGUCGGCAGAUCUAUUAGGCUUGAAUAAAACUUGGGAACUAUCAUUGUAUGAACUUCAUAGAACUCCACAAGAGGCAAUCACAGAUAGUACAGAGAUUGCCGUGUCCCCCCGGAGCUUACACAGCGAAUUGAUGUGCCCAAUUUGUUUAGACAUGCUCAAGAAGACCAUGACCACUAAAGAAUGUCUUCACAGAUUUUGUUCAGAUUGCAUAGUUACUGCUCUCCGUUCUGGUAAUAAAGAGUGUCCUACUUGUCGAAAGAAAUUAGUAUCUAAACGUUCAUUGCGCCCAGACCCAAAUUUUGAUCUACUAAUAUCCAAAAUCUAUCCCAGCCGUGAUGAAUAUGAAGCCCAUCAAACCAGAGUAUUAGAAAAAUUGAACAAAAGCCAUAGCCAGGCAAACUUGGUGCAAUCCAUAAAUGAAGGCAUAAAAAUCCAAACACAAAAUCGUUUGCAACGUUCCAAAAAGAAUCAACAAGAUGAGCUAAAUGAAAGUAGUUCGUCUACACUAAAAACCCCUUCCAACAACCUUGGGCUCGGUAAAGAUAAUGUCACUAGAACAGUAGUUCAAGCAAAAGUAGCAAAGAAACUUAAAACUGUAAUGAUUUCUGAAAAUGAUGGUCCAGCAUCUUUGUCAGCUGACAGAUCAGAUAUUACUGAGUGUGAUGGCUCUUCAAGAGGAGUAUCAGUAGAUGAAAUUGAACUGGUUUUUAAGCCUCAUCCAACUGAAAUGGGCAGCGAUAAUCAAUUAAUAAGAGUGUUGAAAGAAAAUUCUGUACGAUACAUUAAAACUACUGCAAAUGCUACUGUUGAUCAUUUAAGCAAAUACUUAGCGAUGCGUCUUACAUUAGAUCUUGUUCCGGAGCUUCCAGAACGAGCUCUAAGCUUUUUAAUCUAUGUAUCACCUACAUCUGAUCAAUAUGUUCCACUAAAUGGAAAUCAGACUUUGGAACAAGUCCAUGAAAAAUAUUGGAAAGAGAAUAAACCACUAGAAAUGUUUUACUCGUUUAACUAAGUUAUGCCAAAACAAUUUGUAAAUUUUAACUUUUUUUACUCUUUCUUGCCUUUCAAAUAGUUUUAAGAAAUAUAAAUAAGAAUAAUAUUAUAAAUAUUAGUAUUAGUGCCUACUGCCUAUAACUUAAAUAUUUAUUUUAUUUGCUUUAAAAUGUGGUGCUACACUCUGUUCUAGUUAAGAGUGAACCACCCAAACAUGCAGACAAAGAUUUCGGACACCCUAUGUGGAGUCUAGGCGCUUUGUCGUAGGUUAUAACUGUAAUACAUGAUUACUGACAUAGCUGUUGUAUUGUGGCCAAAUACACUAACUCUUGCAGUAAGAAUCGUUUAUCUGUGGGUAUGUACUGACACGGCCAGUUUAUGUCAGCUAAUUCGCUUACUAUUAACCUGAAUAAAGUAUAGUUCUCUGCUGA